AUGAAUUAAAACUAAGUUCUCAGUCGGCUCUCUUGCAAAGAUAUUAAUGAUUAUAGUUUUGUAAAGAUGUUAGGCACUGGAUCAUAUAGUGAAGUCUUUUAGGGUAAAAACAAAACAAAUGGAGAAGAAACUGCUAUCAAAGUAAUUGAUAAGGUGUUUUUAGCAAAAGUAAUAAAUAUAUGAUAUUUGUAGCAAAAUAAAAGUCAUCUGAUCUAUUUAGAAUCUAACGCUCUUAUGUCAAUAAAUCAUCCUGGUGUUAUAAAAUGUUAUGCUACAUAUGAGUCUAAUACAAAAUUAUAUCUCUCUUUAGAAUUGAUGAAUUGGGGCACAUUCAGAGAUUUCAUCAAAGGUAUUAUAUAACUUAUUAAUAUAAGGAAGGUAACUUACAACAACAGAUAUUCAAUUUUAUGCUGCUUAAUUAGUUGUCAUCUUAGAAUAAGUUCAUAAAAAAGGUGUAGUUCAUAGAGAUGUUAAAGUAUAAUUAUUGAUUAUUCUUAGCCUGAGAACCUCAUGAUGACAUAAGAUAAAUUCAUUAAGUUAAUAGAUUUUGGAGCUAUCCUAUUAUUUAAAGGAAAUGAUGUUACUAAAGAAGAAUCUAAUAUAAAGUUUUGUAGAAAAUCUAGUUUUUGUGGAACAGGUGAAUACUUGUCUCCAGAAUUACUUGAUAAUAAUUGUUGUGGUCCUCAAUCAGAUUUAUGGGCUCUUGGUGUAAUGAUAUAUGAAUUAUUUACUGGAAAAACACCUUUUCAAAGUGACAUUGAAUAUAUUAUGUUUUAAAACAUUUCUGACAAAGAACCAAAUUAUGAUUUAAUUAAGGAUUAAAAUGCAGUUGAUUUUAUAUAGAUGCUAUUAACAAAAGAUGCUGGUAGAAGAUUAAUCGAAGCAAUUGAGAAUGAUUGUGAUUAUUCAAUUCUAAAACAACAUCCUUUCUUAUCUAAUGUGAAUUAUGAAACAUUAUGGUAAGAAUAGAAAGAAAUAAAAGAAUAACCUAAAUUUGAAAGAAAAAAUGUAUUAUAUUUUUUAUUAAUAAUAAUAAUAGAUUCUAAGAGCCAAAACAACAUUAGUUAAUGAUGGAGUAUAGUUAAUUUUAAGUGGUAUUGUUGAUAAACAUUCAGGAGUUUUAAUGUUUGGAUAAUAUACUCCUAGAACUAUGUAACUUAUUUAAAAACAUUUCUCUUAAGAACUUUUUUAUUAUAAUCCAUAUAAAAAGAAAAAUGUAUAAUUUAUUAAUUAAAUAUUAUAGCAUUAAAUUGAAUUGAUCAAUGCUAAAUGUAAAUUGGGAAAUGAUGGUGAAUUUGUAAUUACUAGUAAUAAUAAAAAGUAUUUCUUUAAAUAAAGAGAACAUCCAGCAACAUAAUGGGUGGCCUUAAUCAAUAAUGCAAUCUCUUAUAACAAAUAAUUUUAAUAAUGA